AUGUAUAUGCUAAAUGUUCGGCAGGCCCUGAAGCUAACGACUCGUACUGUGCGCCUGACGCCACUACAGUCUUUCAAAGGGGUUCCAUAUUACAGAGAGCUGCUGGGAGUCGGACAAGAUGCCUCCGCUGAAGAGUUGAAAAAGGCCUUUUACUCUAAGUCCCGCAUUUAUCAUCCGGACUUGGCGCAAGGGAACAAGGCAAAAAAUGACAAAUAUAUCGAAAUAAAAGAAGCAUACGAAGAACUAUUAAAAAUCAAACGAUCUGGGACUGUUACAGAAAGCGUUCGAAAUACGAAAGGAAAGUCUUUUGGCUCGCGCAAGUUCCGGAGUGAAGGCAAAGUCACCGAGAAUUACUUCGAUCACGUGCCCGAGGUGAAGGUGAAAACGCCUCUUGGCUUCGGGCGCGGGAAUGCGAAGAAAAGCUUUCAAACUGGCACUUUCAAAUCGGCCAAAGACCAGUUCGUCGAAGAAACCAUCAGAAAAUACAGAAAGAAAGGAUAA